AUGGCACACACACUUGGUGAGCCAUACUCCGGCAAGAACCCGGUGCCUAAAAUCGCGACCAAGCUCACGUCGCUCGUGAACCCUAAGAAGGCGACAGACGCAAAGGCGCAGCAACUGCAGAGCAACCAGCAAGAGACGAAGCAGACUGUGCGCGGGCUCGCAAAGGGCCAUGCCGUGCACACGACGGACCCGACGACCGGCGAGGAGUUGGACAUUCGUAAUGCGAACACGGAUGAGGAUCUUGACUUGCGCUCGAAGGGCGAGAACGUCUUGAGACAUGAGUUUCCGCCUCCUGACCUCGACAAACACCGCGAAACGGUCAUUUCCACCACAUCCGUCAGCGUGCUGUACAUAUGCGGCGCAUAUAUGUUUUCCUUCCUCUUUGCUGCUCUGUUCUCCAGUUCAGCGCGCAUACUCUGUUUCUCCAUCGUGCCACCUUCCCUUCUCGCAUACACCUUACUGUUCCGUAUGCGCAACAUUUCGCGGAGCGACUUCGAGGACCGUGCGUGGCAUGCUGAACGCCUCCGCGGGCUCGGCGCUCGCGUGGACCGUGAGGGCGACAACCAGAUCGAAGAUGGUGAUCGUCCGCGAGAGAGCGUGGAAUGGCUGAAUACUGUCCUACGCGGUGUCUGGCCGAUUAUCAAUACGGACAUGUUUGCGCCGAUGGUGGACAUAGUGGAGGACAUCAUGCAAUCGUCGGCGCCUUCUUUUGUGCAUUCCAUCCGCAUCUCGGACGUUGGCCUCGGCUCGAACUCUGCGCGUAUCACGUCUAUCCGCUCGCUUCCAGACGCCGAUCGAAGUGGUACGGACAGCAUAGGCGAGUCGCUGGAGGUUGACUCGCAAGACAUGAGUCCUGAAGACCGCGAUGCCCUCGGCGGGGACCACGUCAAUCUUGAGGUCUUGUUUGCCUACCGCGGGUUGCCGAGCGGAAACGCCGCGGCGAGCAAAGGAAAAAACCUACAUGUCAAGGCAACCCUUGUAACGCUACUCGGGAUGCCGCACAUCACAAUUUCUGCCACCCCGCUGAGCGAAAAUCUCCCAAACGUGAUGAACAUCCCUUUCGUUUCGGGCUUCGUGUCGAACGCGAUCAACACCGCUUUGGCAGAGUACGUCGCACCAAAGAGCCUGACGGUGGACUUGCAGAAGCUCAUCAGUGGAGACGAUAUCAAGAAGGAUACGGACGCGAUCGGCGUACUUGUUGUGCAUAUCCAUCGUGCUACAGGCCUCGAAAGUGCUGACACCGAUGGCAAGUCGGAUCCUUAUGUGACACUCACGUUCUCACGCUUGGGCAAGCCGCUGUAUUCCACGCGCAUCAUCAAGGGCGACCUCAACCCCGUGUUUGAAGAGACGGCUGUCGUCAUGAUCGACGUGAGUACGGUCAAGCUACGUGAGCGACUCAGCUUCCAGCUGUGGGACUCGGAUCGGGUUACGGUGGACGAUAUGCUGGGCUACCAUGAAGUUGGCAUCGCCGGUCUCAUUCGUCAGCGCGGCAAGCCUAUCCGUCGCAUCUCUCCGCUCUCCAACUCCGACUCCAAACACCGCCCCGGCUCCAUAGAGUACACCGUCGGCUACUACGGCAAGAUACCUCCGAACCCGUCACUCUCGACGGACGGCGCUGACCCGGGCAUCCCCAACGACCUGCGCGACAAGCCAGAGUUCAAUGAGGCGCGCGCCGUGGCGCUCAAUGACGUAGAGGCCGCGGUACUCACGACCCCGCCGGAUCACGCGUGGCCGUCCGGCAUCCUGAGCGUGCGUGUGCACGAGAUCAGGGACCUGGCGGUGCGUCUGAGCGGGAAGGAGCGGAAGGGGAAGGAUAGGCGCGUAGAGAAAGGGCAGGACGAGGGCGAGGAGACACAAGAGGAAGCUGAGGGCCUGCCAUCCUCGUAUUGUACUAUCUCAUUGAAUGACGAACUGGUGUAUGAAACUCGCGUCAAACCAAUUACAAGCUCUCCAAUGUUUAAUGCCGGGACGGAGCGCUUCACUAGGGAUUGGCGCAAGUCGCAUGUUACUGUCACUGUAAAGGAUUACCGCAUGCGGGAGAACGAUGCGGUCCUUGGAGUAGUCUUCAUGAAGCUGUCAGACAUCUUCGUCAAUGCAUCAGAGGUCACCCGUUUCUACUCUCUCGAGCAAGGUGUCGGCCAUGGCCGGAUCCGCAUCUCGCUGCUAUUCCGACCCAUUGAUGCUAAACUCUCCCCAAAUCUCCUUGGAUUCGACACAGGUACAGUCGAGGUUCGCGACGUCAGCGUCCAGAGCAAGCUCGACCUAUCAAAUUGCGAAAUAAGCAUGAAGUCGACAACUACCCCAACAGUGGAGAAGGUCUCGCGCAAGAUCGCGGAGAAGCGUGACGAUGGCUGGACUGUAUGGGUCCAUGACGAUGUUUCUGCCCUUCCAGUUCGGCAGCGCUACGGCACGGCGCUGCUCGUUUCUUUCAGAGACACCGCGGGGUUCAAGAGCUCUAGCUGCAAGGCACUGGGCGUGCUCUGGUUGCGCGAUUUGGUGGACAGCGACGAAGGCACAGUCGAGAUCGCACUCUGGCAAGCCAAACAUGGGGACUAUUCAAGGCUCAAGCUCAACUACGUCCCGCCAGAUGGAAAUCUUGACUACUGGGACACGGACAAAGGAAACGUCGAACGCAUUGGUAGUAUCUUCCUCGACAUAAUGUUCCGUCCUGGCGUGUCUGAGCGUCAUAAGGAAAUGCUCAGUGGUGCUGGUGCGAAGAAGCGAGCCAUGUGGGAUGCAUAUGACAGGCAAAAAGCGGCGGGCAUGCGCGACGAAGUCGGGAUCGAGGACGAGCGGACGUCGUCAAAUGCGGAGACGAGGAGGGGCCAGGAUCUCGAGGUUGCAGACAAUACAGACACGGGCGCGUCGCAACAAGACAGGACGAUGACCGAUGGUCCCUUAAAUACUACUGGUGGAGAUUCGACCUCUGCCAAUCAAGAAAAUGCCACAGAAGGCACGAACACUGUCGUGUCAACUGGAGACAUCGACGAUGAGCGGAAGGAUGGCGCUGGCGCGCGCGGAAUUGCUGACGAGUCCCAUGACGACGCAGAUUCCUCCGACGAUAACAAGGCUAAGGGCCCAAUUACGAAGCUGAAAGAUUGGAGACAGCAUGAAAGGGAGCUGCACCGCGAUCAUAGGGGCAUCAUGCAGGUGAAGCCUGCGAGGACUGCACAGUGGAUGAAAGACAACGUGGAAGAGGGCGUUCACGCCGUCAAAGAUCGUUUCAAGAUGCAUUCCCGACAACCGGACGUCGAGACAGAAGUCUGA